AUGGGGAAGGCGGCGGCUUUGGGGGCUGAAGUGGGCGUGCGAGUCGCACUGUUUGCGGCCUUCCUGUGGACCGAGCUGCUCGCUCCCUUCCACAGGCUUAUCCAGCCCGAGGAGAUGUGGCUGUACCGGAACCCGUAUGUGGAAGCCGAGUAUUUCCCCACCAAGCCCAUGUUUGUCAUCGCGUUUCUCUCUCCUCUGUCCUUGAUCCUCCUGGCCAAGUGUCUCAAAAAGGCAGACACAACCGACAGCAAACAGGCCUGCCUGGCUGCCAGCCUUGCCCUGGCUCUGAAUGGUGUCUUUACCAACACAAUAAAACUAAUAGUGGGGAGGCCACGCCCAGAUUUCUUCUACCGAUGUUUCCCUGAUGGACAAGCCCAUCCCGACCUGAUGUGCACAGGGGACAGAGACGUGGUCAACGAGGGCCGCAAGAGCUUCCCUAGUGGACAUUCCUCCUUUGCAUUUGCGGGCCUGGCCUUUGCUUCCUUCUACCUGGCAGGGAAGCUCCACUGCUUCACGCCCCACGGCAGGGGGCAAGCCUGGAGACUCUGUGCCUGUCUCUCCCCGCUGCUUUUGGCGGCUGUGAUUGCCCUAUCCCGCACCUGUGACUACAAGCAUCACUGGCAAGACGUCCUAGCUGGAUCCCUGAUUGGCCUGGCGUUUGCCUACAUCUGCUAUAGGCAGUAUUACCCUCCGCUGACGGAUGCAGAAUGCCAUAAACCCUUUCAGGACAGGCCUGUGCUUCCCACUGUACCAAAGAAGCCUAGUGAGCCCUCUCGUUUUUACGUUUAGAAACUGGAUCUUCCCUAGUGAAGACUAUGUGACUGGGGCCUCUCCUAAAUCAUGCUCAGCAGAGUCUGAUCACGCAGCCUUGCCCCUGUGGAUGUGGAUCCCCAGAGAAAUCUGAUGAGAGGGACCUCUUGAGCUCCCAGAAGCGAAUGCAGCUGGUUCAGCCUGGACUCCCCAGAUCUACAGUGCUUUCACACCUAAUUUCAAUGCUGUUGUCUGGAAAAAUCAGCUUUUACACAGCCCCACAUUUUGACGUUGGAUGCAACAACUUGGGUUUCCCAUGGCCCCACAUGGAAAAAAAGAAUAGCUCAAUUGCUGUUGACCUUCUCUGGUGAGCCUGAAGUAGGAAAAGGAGCCCAUUUAAGCAAAUUUAUCACACAACUGCAGGAGCCCUGGUGGCAUGGUAGGAUAAGUUAAUUGGCUGCUAAACUCGAGGUCAGCAAAUCCACCAGCCACUCCCCAGGAGAAAGGGGACUGGCUGCUCCGUGAAGGCAGAGAACCCUGAAACGAGGCUCCGGGGAGGCAUGACUCAGUCAAGCCAGCGUGCUGUCCUGUCUAUCCUGAGUACUGGGAGCAGAGAGCGCCUGGUGUGUGCCUGACACCUGUUUCUACCUCAUUCACCUGUGGCUCACGAACAGCUCUCCUGCACUCCUACGCAAGAUCCACCUCCGUGAACCACUUGGCCAACCGCAGUUAGGGCAGAGCUAAAUGACUAACAGUAAUCAGCAGGGCCAAUGGGCACAAACAGAACAACCUAUAGCUGCCAUUUUGUACUUUAAAUGUGACCUUGUCUUGGGAAUUGCUCCCCUUAUAUUUUCAGCACAUCAUUCCCUUCAAUAAAGAUAUUCAGAUAUA